UUUUUAAACAUCCUUGAAUGAGUCGGUAUCCAAUCUUUUGACUGGUAAUAUACAUGUAGGUAAGGGUAAAGUGACUGUCCAUAGAUAAUAAACAGAGCGUAGCAGUGUGUGUGUGUGUGUGUGUGUGUGUGUGUGUGUGUGUGUGUGUGUGUGUGUGUGAGUGCUAGAGUCCAGUGAGUGUACAUCGAGCCUGUGCAAUGAUAGUGCUAAAAAUGAUAAUACUUGUCGUUAAUUAAUUGUUGUCAUUAACUAAGUCCUCAACUGAUAUCAUCCUUUUGCCACUGACUUUGUCAUGGAACAAAGUUAUCUGGCCCAAAUAUGGACCACACAAUGGUCUUGAAAUUCCCAAAAUAAGACAAUAACUUUUCCAUAUAAGUCAGCAAUAACUAUGUGCACUACUUUUCAUGCUGUGUGGUUACUUAGUGCUUACUAAGCACAGGAUGAAAAUCAAUUGCAGCAUCGCAGGAAGUGAACCAAGUGACGAAUUCACACGGUCACUAGGCCACUACAGUAUAAAACUAACAGCAUCACCUCAGACAACCAGACCAGGACCACAACACAGCAACAAAACAACCAGACCACAGUGCAACACAGCAGCAUCAUGAUAUCUACUUUAAGCUUCCAGUCUUUGACGGUAAGUGAUGACUUUAGUUUCUUCAAGAUAUUACUGGAUUUUGCCACUGGUGUCUGUAUCAGCUGGGGAAGACAUUACAAUGUGUGCUGUUUGAAAAGUAAGAGUCCCAAUGAAACCUGGGGUAAAGAUCCAUUUCAGAGGUGGUACCAGGCUACUAACAGUCCCUCGGUUCCUCAGGUGUUGUGUAUGAAGGGGGUGUUGGUGAUGAUGAUGGGGGCAGAGGCGGCCCCCCGUGCCCAUCCAGAGAAGACAGAGAGCCACACACGGACCACACUGCAGACACACAAGAAGCCUGCAGAGUCGUCAGGUCCCGACACAGUAAUUCUUCCCCUGCACCUAGACCCAAAUGACUUGGUUCCUUUCCAUUCCAACAGACCUAUUUGCAACCAUUCAAUCUCCCCAUGGACUUACAACACUACCUAUGAUGAUAGACGCUUUCCCCCCAUCAUCUCGGAGGUCAGGUGCUCUCUGAAGGGAUGUCUGAACAUCAAGGGUAAGGAGGACAGGAACCUGAAGUCCAAACCCAUCUUCUACCAGAUCCUGGUCCUGAGGAAGGUGAUGGGAAGUGGGAAGAAAUGCCACUACCGGCUGGAGUCAAAGGUCAUCUCGGUGGGCUGCACCUGUGUCAGGCCUACCAUCGAACAGUAAUGAUAUUAGAGUGACGAUGUCCAGCCUGGUGGCACAGCUGGUUGGGCCAUGGUGCUGGCAAUAUCAAUGUUGAAGGCUCAAUCCCUACA